AUGGAUUCAGCGACAUCGUCAAAAAACGAAAAGAUGUUCCGCGAGAAGGACGUUUCGACUCGACUCAUCCGACCAACGAUCACAGAAAUCCACGUCGACAAGUUGGCUCUUUUUGUGGAGAGAUGGAAUCAUGAUUGGGAGAUUGAUGCAAGCAUUCAGAUCUUCGACGAAGGAAUCGCUCAAUACAUGUUGACUGAUGUUGAAUCUCACUACAAAUAUUUUGCUGCGUUGAUUCUACAGAAACCAAGUUUGAGAUGUCGAAUUGUGAAGGAGGAGCCGAGAGAUGAGCUUGAGGAGCAGGAGAAUAGAAUUCAUUUGCUCGGCGGUGAGAAACUCGAUAAUCAGAGUCAUGGAAGUGUGGAAUACCUGAAGAACAUUCUGCACAAAAGAGGAUACCGAUUUGAAUAA